AUGCUGGUCAUUGGUCUGCUGGCACUGACACAUGCAGUGGAUCCAGAACCUUCAGCAAGAGAUGAGCUCAUUAAAAUCAAGAAAAAGUUGGAGAAAAACUCGGAACACCUCUCUACAGUUAUCAAUAGAAGGGAGACGCUCUCUAAAAUGGUUAAAGAAGUGACCAACUUAACCAGGGGAAUCCUUUUGAGAUCCGGGGCUGAGAAUCCCUGGGAAACUCAAGAGAUUGAACGGGUAGAAAAUGACAUUUCUAAAACACUGAUAAAUACACGUCUUAGAGUUUCCCGUACCAGUCACGAGGUAAAAGCUAUGCUUGUAGAGAUUGAAAAUGCUCUGAACAGCAAUGCCGAGGAUAUCAUCAUGAGAACUACAAACAAGGCAAAGCAAUUUCUGGAUCGUAAUAAUACUGUUUUGGAAAGAAUUGAGAAGGAUAGACAUAUUCUGAAUUACAAAUUCAGACUAAUGCGCUGGCUGGAGACCUUGACAAAGUCAAAUGCUGACAAGAGAGAUUGGUAUCCACGGAAGCCAGUCUACAGUGAAUCCAAAGAACUGACUAUAAAUGACAUUUGUGACAUAUUAUUCGAUCCGGAGAUAUCCAUUUCCCAGAAGCAACUGGAGAAGGUACCUGGGACCCUCAAAACUACCCUGGAUGAUGAUCUAAAGGAGAUGAAUUUCAUAAAGGAAAAGUAUGAGAAUACGAUGGACAGGGCAAAGAGGAUAGAGGCUGAAUCUCUUGACAUUGUCAAUAAUGCACCAAGCACUGCACUUGAAAGAGUCCACAAGCAGAUUGCAGGGCAGUAUUAUGAGCUCAAGUUACGAAGGGCUGCACUGUCUCUGCACAACUCCAAUGCCUGUCCAUUCAAUCAUGCGGUAUAUGCGCUUGAACAUGUUCUUGAUGAAAUGAAGGAGCUACUCGAGAGAGUUAGAAAGGAGUCUGCUGUUGCUCAAAAUGGGCCUGAUGACAAGGUAAUCUCAAGGCACAAUGCCCCUGAAACUCAAACUGCCCCUCUACGAGACGGUCCAGAGAAGGUGAAUAAUGGUGAUGAUGAUUCUGGAAGCGGAAAAGAUGAUGAAGAUGGCGACAAAGGAGACGAUGAAGAGGAUGAACCAGAGGCUGAUCAGGAUAAUGAAGAGGACAAAGAAGAUGAGGAUGGUAAAGAGAAUGAAAAGGGAGCAAUAGCCAAGAUUCUCAAGGGUAUUAACCAGGCAAAUGAGCGGGCAGGCGAUCCAGACAAGAGUCUUGAAAAUGAGGCAGAUUUAUCAAUGCUCCCGGAACUCGAGAAUGGAAUGCAUACAAGAGGAAUUUACUUGGUCACAUUCAUUAUCCUUUAUCACCUGUCAUGGUGA